AUGGACAUUACAGGCGAAUUCCGCAGGCUGGUUCAGCAGCAGACAACGAAGCUUGAGGCCCAGGCGGGACGUGGCGAGAAAGACACAAGGCGGCGCGACAUCCUGCCGCCAAGACGGCCCGACUUCACCCGCCCAAACAACAUCUAUCUGAGCGAAGCCUACAUCAUUGCCAAGCACCUGCGGGCGCUGCACCAGCGCGUUGUCUCUCUGCGGCCGUCGUACCUGAACCUGCAAACCAAAAGCCGGCGCACUUCAAAGCUGAGCGACCCGGAGCGCGAUGAAAUCGACCGCGGCAUCAAAACAGCCAUUCGGCAGAUGCUCAGCAAAAUACAGGCGCUGGGCGAGCUGGGCGAGCAGACAUUAGAGGCAGAGGACGAUGAGCCCAGCGAUGCCAAGGUGCUGUUCAAGCGACUGGUGGGGGCUCUGGACCCGCGGCAGGCUGGCGGGAAGCCGGUGGUUAGCGGGAAGGAUAUGAUUGCUGCGCACCAGAGCUCUGUUGCGUGGUGGCUGAAUGUGCGGCUGCAGCAGACCAACACGAUCCAUGGCAACAUGCAGGAGCUGUACCUGAAGCAGAAGCUCGAGCGACAGCGCGGCAUGGUAUCGGCCCAGUCGUUCUCCAAGCGACCUGCAAGUGAUGUCAGAAAGGAGGACGACCCGGUUCUGAGCCAUCUGUCGGAGCAGGAGCUGCAGCAGCUGCAGGUCGAAAACAACAGCCUGAUGAUGGAGUUUGAGAGCGCCAUGGACAAGAUCACCGAGACCCAGAAAUCGCUGCUGGAGAUAUCGACGCUUCAGACGCAGCUGGCCAACGAGCUCAGUGCGCAGACACAGAUGACCGAGCGCCUGUACAGCGAGGCCGUGGGCACUGUGGAUGCAGUCGACAAGGGCAACGAGUUUUUGAUCUCGGCGCGCAAGCACCAGUCAACAGCGCGCAAGUGGGUGCUGACUGUGUUUAUUGUGCUGAGCCUGGUGCUGCUCUUUUUGGACUGGUUCGAUUAGAGGACCAUCGCGGUUCAGCCUGGUGGGGAUAAAAAAUCAUUUCUCAGCUCUGCU